AUGACUGUCGUCAGCUCGUGCCAUAAGACUGCUGGUGAUAAGCUGAAGGAAGGUGGUAAAGAAGGUUCCAGUUCUUGCUGCUUGGAAGUUGAGAUGAUCCAGAAAGCUCAUAAAAUGGGUCUUUUGACAACCCCGUUUGCAUUCAAUCAACAUGAAGCUAUUAAAAUGGCUAAAGUUGGCGGUGAUAAUAUAGUGGCCCAUAUGGAUCUAACUACAACAGGCUCAAUAGGAGCAAAAAUAGUUGUUUCACUUGAAGAAAGUGUUGUUUGUGUAAAGCUAUUGCAGAAGCAGCGCAUAGCAUUAAUCCCAGUGUCAUUGUGUUCUGCCAUGGGGUUAUGCAAGUCACCUAAAAAGCUUUAUGCAUGCUCAAUGCUUAUUAACAGAUAA